GAGUUCAGACUGCAAUAAGAUACGACAUCUUUGUUUGUUUGAAUGCUCCUUGUGCCUGUCGCCAACACGUGUAAAGCCACACGGCAACCGAUAGCGCCCGAUAAGUGAUCCACUUUCCUUCAACGCAUGGCUAAAGGUGGUAGAUUUUUUUUUUUUUUGCAUGGCAUCCUGUUUCUCCUGGGUACGGUUGUUAUGGCGACUAUAAACAUGCUGUGGGAGCAUGCACGUCGUCAUGGGAACGGUCUUGCGGGAGCAUGAAGGAAGCAGGGCUGAGAGAGUCCAUGGGCAGAGUGGUGGUCGGGUCACCGGGGAGGUGACAACUUUAGGGAAGUGAACACUGAACUGUAUGUUGAUCAACUGAAGAGAACGCUGUAUAAAAAUAGCAUGCAACACAUGCCGGUGUUACAACCAACAGUGGCUCCAGUGGAGGGCAGGUUGCGUCGGAGUGUACCAAGCCUGCCGGCGAUCAAGCCAGACAGACUGAAAACAGCUAAAGCACUGGUGGAAAAAGCAGUGAAGUUGAGGAAAGUGUUUUCAGUCCAGGGACCCUAUCCUGUGAUCCGUGCUGCCUUAUGGGCCAGAGGGUGGGUGGAACGACGUUUGCCCCAUCCUGCCCAGAGAGCACCUCAUUGCCAUGGAGAUGAGGAGGAGGAUGGUGAUGAUGUUGAUGUCAUUGCUGAGAGAGUGGAUGAAGGCGAGAAAGAGGAGAACCUUGAUGACAUGUAUGACCUCAUGUCUCGCCUGGUUCGAAACGAAACGACACAUUUCUACUGGACAACACGUCGGGAUGACAUAGACUGUCGCACCUUACGGCAUGAUCAAAUGACCAAUCACUAUGCAAACGCUGGGACGUUUACUACCAAGGUGGGGCUCUGUGUGAAUCUACGUAACCUUCAGUGGUUUGAUACAGCAGAUCCUGACACAUUCUUCCCAAGAUGCUACAGGCUUGGGGCAGAGGAUGAAAAGCGUGCAUUUAUAGAGGACUUCAGGAGGACAGCAUGCACCAGCCUGCUGCAGCAUGUGGUAGAGACAAGUAGAUCAGGGAGAGAUGGAUCAGAGGACAAAGAUCAAAAAGCCCCAAACGGUGUCCCUGAUGAGUCGAAUAAUGCGGAGCGUCGAUGUGUCGGUCCAGGAAUGAUCGACAUGGCUUUGCACACGUGUGAAGAGUUUCUCAAUGUCUUAGAGCAUGGCGACAUUGAUGUAACCGCAGAAACACACCCCUCAGUGGAGGAACAGCAGUGGGCAGAGUUUCUGCAAGACUACUACAUGGUUGUGCAUGAAGGCGCAUCGAUCACGUGUAGCAGUGUGUUUGUGGAGCGCUGCCAGGCCAUGUUAAUCAGACUGCAAGAGGUUUGCCCUCAACUGGACACAGACGGUCUGAAUAACAUCUGGAUCAUCAAACCAGGUGCCAUGUCAAGAGGACGAGGUAUUAUGUGUAUGGAUCGCUUGGAUGAGAUUUUGGCACUCGUGGACAGUGACAGAGCCUUGACCAAGGAGAGCAAGUGGGUGGUUCAGAAAUACCUGGAACGUCCUCUGUUGGUCCAUGGCACCAAGUUUGACCUCCGUCAGUGGUUCCUUGUCACCGACUGGAACCCUCUGACUGUCUGGUUCUACAGAGAGUGCUACCUGCGGUUCUCCACCCAGCCCUACUCAACAAAAACUCUGGACAGUUCAGUCCACCUGUGCAACAACUCCAUCCAGAAACACUUCCAGCCAUCCCAUGAUCGCCAUCCAGGAGUGCCUGAGGACAAUAUGUGGUCCUGCUCUCAGUUUAGGUCUUUUCUGCAGCAACAGGGCCGUGGGGCAGAGUGGGAGUCAGUGGUGGUCCCAGGUAUGCAGCAAGCGGUGGUCCGUGCCCUGCAGACAGCUCAGGAUCUGAUUGAACCCCGCAAGUCAAGCUUUGAGCUCUAUGGAGCUGACUUUAUGUUGGGCAGAGAUCUGAGGCCUUGGCUCCUGGAGAUCAAUGCCAGUCCGACUAUGGCCUGUUCCACCACUGUGACUGCUCGCCUCUGCCCUGCUGUGCAGCUGGACACACUGAGGGUUGUGCUUGACCGACGGACUGAUCCUAGUGCUUACACAGGAGGCUUCCAGCUAAUAUAUAAACAGGCCGCAGUGGAAGUUCCUCAGUAUGUGGGAGUGAACCUGAUGGUGGAAGGGGCUCCCAUAAGGCGAUCCAGACCUCCACUAAAUAGACAAAAUAUUAUUUCUAACCAACCUCUCACCAUCCAGUGCCCUUCAGGGAAGUCAUCAUCAGAAGAGGUUGAAACCGCACAUCAUAAAGCAGCGGGUCGGAAAUCCUCUGCACUCUCCACUUUUCAGUUGCCUCGUUCAGGCAAGGAGAACCGAGCUGAUGGGGAGAAAAAGAGGCAGCUGAUAUCAGCAUCUCCUAAGAGGGAAUGCGAGGGGAGAACAGAAGUUCAGAAUACGUCCUGUGUUCGCAGGUCCGGUCGCAGUCUGGUAUCUGAACAGCCUCUGGUGCUACACACUGAACCUCAGAGGAAAGCACGACGAUUGGGUUUGAGCCUUGGUGCCAAUGGGGCAAUUCUGGUCCCAAGGAGCCUUUCCUUUUCUCUCAGCCCACCUCAGAACAUUUCAGAGUGUAAAUCUCAGCCCAUCCCAGGUCAUGGAUCAAACAUCUCCAGAUCCUUCUUUCCCCAGACAGUUUUUGAGCCCCAACACAGGACUUCUACCCGGGUCUUUCCUUCACUCCGAGGUCCCCUCCCUACCCUGCAGGUCUUGAGCUUGCGACCAAACAUUGUAGCUGGAACCACUGCCUCUCGCAAUACAAACGUGUCUUCUCAUCCCAGUGUCCACAGGCAUCAGAUGAUCCUCUGCUCUCGAAGGCAAAGAGUGGCCAAAGGAGAGUGCUCAGGAGAACCUUAACGCUAUAGUGGUGUUGAGCAUUAAGAAGAUGGAAAGCGAACAGUAGUUAGAGGUUUUGUCAGCAACUACAUUGUUAUUAAUUUAGAUUUUGAUGAGUUGAUGCCUCAUGAACAACGUAUUUGUUUUAUAUGUGUUUAGAAACUCAAGACAAUCAUGGUCAAAUCAUUCACAUUUAAAUAUGUAACAUCAAAGUGAAUAUGAGUCAUUUUAACUUCUUGUAUUAGUAGUAAAUUGUUACACUUUAUAUAUAUUCCAGUGGCAUUUUUUUUUACUGGAAUAUAUAUAAAUGUUUUAAGAUUAAAUUAUGAAUGUAA